CUGGAAGCUGAAGCGAGGCAGGAGUUGAUGGGCCGAGUCGCACCUGGAGUGGGGUUAGCUGGCCGUGGGGCACUGGUGAACACCAUCAUCAAUCACCCUGGUCAGGCCUUAUUUUCCGAACUGCUCAGUGCCCAGUGAGCGGGGCCAUAGCUCAGUCCUUCCUAUCAUAUGUGGUGUCCUGCGUGUCCAGCCCGGGUAACACAGGAUCCAGGGAUUUACAGUGGAUCUAUGUGUGUACAUUUCUUUAACCCCUUCUUGCUGAAUAUUUCAAGGGAUGGAAUAGUAAUCGUGCAGGAGUAAUCCCAAAGAUUACUCUUUAUGGGGGGGAAUCCAUAUUAUAAAUUGUCAUUUAACUUGUGCCUUUGUUACUUCAGGCAUUAAACACGUUUCAGCCCACAGUGUACAGGUCUCAGGCCACGGGGUUUAUGCUGCUGCCACACUGCAUUUGUGCUGGAAUCUGGUUACUUCCCUUGGAUGUUGAUCUGUUUGUCCUCCCAAAGUAAUUUCUGUGCAUUCCUACAGGGAAUCUCUCAUAUGCUGUGAGCUUUGAUCCCUCAUCAGCUCAGUAAUUCCAUGUCCUAUCCUUAACCAGGUAGGUAAGUCUUAUUUUUGAAGAUUCGCGUGUUGUUUCAUAUUGGUCAUCUACAGAGACAACGAUGGACAUUUCGCCAAAGAAAACAUGAAAGACAUUGAAACAAAUGCAUAUAUACCGGAACCAUAUUUUGGCCUUAGUAAUUCUCCUUCUAAAUUCUGCAAAGUAGUGCUUCGUGGUACAAGACUCUGCUCUUAAAAAAAAAAAAAAAUAGAAAGAGAUGUGGGUAAUACACAAUGAAAACCGCACUAAAGAGCAAGAUCAGCCUCCAAACCAAAACUGUAGUUGUUAGAGCUUUGCCAAUGGGAAUCAGAAUUGAACAUCUGUGUACAUGCAUGGAAGUAAGUGCAAGAUCAGCACCUUAAGUAGAUGCUACAGGAGAUCACAGCAGGGUAGGAAAGUCAGAUUUUAAGAAAAGGGAUGUUGCCCAGUUUCACACUUUUAACAGCUAUGACAGACUUCUCAAAUAAGGGAGAUAAAAUUUUAAGUCUUACUCUUGAUAGACUGAUUAUAAAAUCUAUAGGGGAGGUUAAAUUAAACAGAGACUUUAAUUUCAUGGGUUAGGGAAUUAGGAGAGUGAAAUAAUUCACCAAGGAAAUGAAAACACUAGAGCAUUCUUCAGAAAUUUACUCUAGAAACAAAGUAUGUGUCAGUCAUUGGAAAGAGCUUUGAACUGAAUUUUUAAAAUCCUUCAAGAACUGCCUAGCUACAAAAAGAGACUAUUUUAAUUUUGUGUGGCUUUGUUAGUAUGUACCCUUAUUAUUACUGUUAUAGCAUGGCCAGUGCUACCAUCAUUUCUUCAUAGUUUAUUCCCACAGCUGGAUAAAGUGUGCAAAGAUCUUGGAAGAUGGAUCCUGAAAUACAGAAAAUGAGGGAAGUUAUCCUUGUCUACCUUGACAGGAGUGGUGGCCUUCAGAAAUUCGUGCAUGAUUGCAAAAAAUAUAAUGACUCAAAACAAAGUUAUGCUGUUUAUCGUUUCAUUAUUUCAAUCAAUCCUUCUGACAUUGCUGAAUUGGAUGCAACUCUUGGAAACUAUAUUCUUCAUAAUCCCUUACAAGCUGCACAGAUUUUUCAGUCAGUAUGCUUUGUAGCUAUUAAGACACUAUCAUUAAUUGAACAGUUGCAGACAGAAGCCCAGAUCAGUAUAUUGCUGAAACCAACACAUUUGCCACCUUUACCGAGUUAUGUUCUGAGUCUUUCUGCAUAUCCCUUUAAUUACACAUCUCAAAGAUUUUAUAUGUCUGAAGGGAUAGUGAUUGCAAUGGGAACUGUAACAAAAUACACACAAGGAGCAAGAUUUCUUUGUACUGAGGAAACCUGUCCAUUCUCUGAAGGGUUUAGGUGCAUCAGAGUGCAUUGCCCUGGAGCUACAGAGUCUGCUACAGUGAGGACUGAUUUUGUUUGUAGCUUGUGUUCCUCACCACUGCAGGAAGACAUGAAAUUUAGAGUACUUGGUGAUAAACAAAUAGUUGAAAUGAUUGAUGCUAAAAUUCUGAAUGCUUUGAAAGGAUAUUCCAUUGAUAAAUCACAUUUUAGGAUUCAGGCAUUUACAUUGUUCUUGAGAGAUGAACUGGCCAAUAAAAUGACAAUAGGAAACCACUACAGGAUUAUAGGAAUUCCAGCUUGUGUACAAAAUGGCCUACAAAUGACUGCAUGUAUAGAAGUCAAUAGUGUGCAGCUCUAUAAACCAAAUGGUCCUUCUUUUGUCAGUGAGAAUUUUAAGUAUGUGCUCUCACUGACUUCAAGUUCAUGCUGGAGGUUUACUGCUGUCCUGGCCAACAUCUUUGCUUCUCAAGUUGUUCCACCAGGCACUUACAAUACUCUUAAACUUGCAAUAUUGCUGAGUCUAGUACAGACAUGUGAAAAAGAAAAUUCAGAUUAUCUGGAUCUCUUGAUUAUGACAAGUGACCCACUAGUAAUUGACAGGCUUCUGAAUUACAGCUUAUGUCUUCUGCCCCGUGGCAUACGACACCCACCUUCCAGUGACAUUUUCCCUUCUGUGUCCAAAGAUAAACACGGAACUGGAAGUGCCAGCAUUCAAGCCUGCAGCGCUGUGCUGGCCAAGGGUGGCAUCUGUUACAUAGGAGACUUGAGUUCAUAUAAAAAGGAUAAACUUGAACUUCUCCAGUCUGUGCUAGAGAGCAGAACAACAACAGUGUUUAUUCCUGGGAAGAAGUAUGGAGAAGAGGCUGACCAACAAGUCACUGUUUCAGUUCAGACCAACUUUUGGUCCUUUGUAGAUGUGGACUCUUCCUCAAAGAAACAUAUACAAAAGGAGAACUUUCUAAUAGGACAGAUGGAUGUGAGUUUGAUUCCAGUUAACCUUGUAGAUGGUUUUGGGCUUUUGAUCUACAAUGAGUUUCCUUCCUGUCGCCUGUCUUCUCCUGUUGUACAUCACACCUUGAAAAAAGCCAUUCAUCCUGAAGCCAUGCUGUACAAAGUUUCACAGCAGUUCAGAACACAGGAUUAUGAGGAGUUUAUUUUGUUUGCUAGGAAUCUUCAUGUUGAACUGAGCUCAGAAGCAGAAAGUCUCAUUCAGGGCUAUUAUCUUGCAAGUCGUAGGGUGAGAAGAGAUUCCAUUCAUGGAUCAACAUUAUCAGCCUCUGCUCUAAAAAUUCUGAUUUCACUGGCUAAGGCUCAUGCCAAGCUCAGUUUAAGGCAGAGAGUACUUGAGGAAGAUGCAGUGAUUGCUGUCUUGUUGCUCGAGUCAUCGCUGACCCUGAAACAUGGCACAUCUCCACUGUGUGUGGCACCAAAUCCUGUAUUUCCAUUUGAGCUCAGUGAUGAAAACUCCCUGCAACAGAGAGAUAUUUACCUCAUGCAGUGCCACCAUCAACUGCUGAAGUUUAUUUCUGCCUAUAGCCCAGGAAUUCACAUUAACACUAAUGAAGAGUAAAAACUCUAAGUAAAGCCUGAGG